CUUGAUCAUUGUGUUUGGAGGCAACCUCUCACAACCUCAUUUCGCUUUCUUUAUUUCAUUAAGAAAUUUCAAAGGAAGCUUAACAGUUGCUUUAACGCGGACGGUAGUGCUUGUUGUUCUUGGUCGUGUUUUUUUUUAUUGAUACAUAGUGCCAAAUUGUAUGAUUGAAUUACGACAUUCAAAAAAAAAAAAAAAAUAGAAAAUAAUAAAACAAGAAUAAAAAGUGUUAUAUCAGAAAGCGACGAAGGAAAAAAAAACAAAGAUUUAUUAAAUCGAAAAACUUAAAUAAAGUGAUAACCAUUUAAAACUAAAAUAAAGUGAUGAAAGAACAAUAGAAGUUGUAAUCUACGAUGGAAUUAAACAAAGUAACAAUUGAUGGAGCUCAACCUGUCACUAAAGCCACCAACUCCAAGCGAAACGAUAUCAAUGGGAAAAAUGAUGAUGCCAACACUAAGGAGACUGCCCAACUUCUAUAUGGCAUUAAUGACAACCCGCCCUGGUACUUGAGUAUAUUUUUGGCAUUUCAACAUUAUUUGACAAUGAUUGGGGCCAUUGUCUCAAUACCCUUCAUAUUGACACCGGCUCUCUGUAUGUCCGAUGAGGAUCCAAAUCGUGGCAUUAUCAUAUCCACCAUGAUCUUUGUAACCGGCAUAGUGACCUAUUUUCAGGCCACCUGGGGUGUACGAUUACCAAUCGUGCAGGGUGGGACGAUAUCAUUUUUGGUACCCACCUUAGCCAUAUUGGCAUUGCCCCAAUGGAAAUGUCCGCCUGAAGCGGAAAUUAAUGCCAUGGACCAAGACCAACGUGAGGAAUUGUGGCAAAUACGAAUGCGUGAGUUAUCGGGAGCCAUUGCCGUCUCGGCCAUGUUUCAAGUUAUUCUAGGCUAUACCGGUUUGGUGGGGAAAAUUUUACGCUUUGUAACUCCAUUGACCAUAGUGCCUACGGUAUCGCUGGUGGGUCUUACCCUAUUCGAGCAUGCAGCUGAAACAGCAUCAAAGCAUUGGGGCAUUGCUGUGGGAACCACGGCUAUGCUUACUCUAUUCUCACAAAUAAUUUCGAAUGUGGCAAUACCUAUGCCCUCUUAUCGUAAAGGACAUGGCAUAGAAUUUCGACCAUUUUUGUUGUUUCGUCUAUUUCCGGUCCUUUUAACAAUUAUGAUUAUGUGGGGUCUCUGUGGUAUCCUUACACUAACAGAUGUUUUCGAAGAAGGCCAUCCCUCAAGAACUGAUGCUCGCUUAAAAGUUUUAACAAAUGCCAAAUGGUUUUAUGUACCAUAUCCGGGACAAUUUGGUCUACCUUCGGUUACAUUGUCUGGUGUACUUGGUAUGUUAGCCGGAGUUUUAGCAUGUACGGUGGAGUCUUUGAGCUAUUAUCCCACAGUAUCUCAAAUGUCAGGAGCACAAUCACCUCCUCUACAUGCCAUAAACCGUGGCAUUGGAACAGAAGGCUUGGGAACCGUAUUGGCUGGCCUUUGGGGUGCUGGAAAUGGUACAAACACAUUUGGUGAAAAUGUUGGUGCCAUAGGCGUUACAAAGAUUGGUUCUCGACGUGUCAUCCAAUGGGCUGCCUUUAUAAUGAUACUUCAAGGAGUAAUUGGAAAAUUCGGUGCCGUUUUCAUUCUCAUCCCUGAUUCAGUAGUUGGAGGAAUAUUCUGUGUUAUGUUUGGCAUGAUUGUGGCCUUCGGACUGUCCACAUUGCAGUAUGUGGACUUGCGUUCAGCCAGAAAUCUUUACAUUUUGGGUCUGUCAAUAUUUUUCCCCAUGGUUUUGUGCAAAUGGAUACAAGAACAUCCCACGGCCAUACAAACUGGUAAUGAAACAGUUGAUUCGACAUUGACAGUUCUGUUGGGCACUACAAUUUUGGUGGGAGGUCUUUUGGGCUGUUUUCUGGAUAAUGUAAUACCAGGUACCCCCAAAGAACGAGGUCUGGUGGACUGGGCCAAUGAGAUGCCUCUUGGAGAUGAUAAUAUCAAUGAUGGAACAGCGACUGAUUUUGAUUUCCCCUAUGGCAUGGAAACAUUGCGAAAAUGGAAGUGGACCUAUUAUGUACCAUUUUUGCCAACUUAUAAGCUACAGAAACAAAGUUGAUUUUUUGUUUUUUAUUUAUGUGCUUGCAUUUCAAUGUAAUUGUUGUAAAUCAUAGCUUUUGUUUUUUAUAGUACGUUGGUUUCAUUUUAAUUUUAUUCAAAUACACCAAGUCAAUCAAU